AUUGGCCACACUUUGCAGUAAAACACUAUAAUUAAACGCUACGUGGCAACCCUAGCACGCUGGGAAGGUCACACACACACACACACACACACACACACAUAUGUACCACAGUCAUCGGUCCAGAGACAGUGCAUGUGUAUUUGUGUGCACGAACCAACACAAUGUCUAAGGAGAGCGAUGUGGACAAGGCGGCGAGGAACACAGCCAAAAACAUCUUCAGGCCGGGGAUCACGCCGGAGGAGGUGAAGGCUGGCUAUGAUGACUGGUCCAAGAACUACGAUGAGAUGCUCGGGAACAGCCAGUACCGCGCCCCCGCCAUCGCCCUGGAGGAGGUGCUGCUGCAGGUGCCCCCGGAGAAGCGAGCCCAGACCAAGGUGCUGGACGUGGCCGCCGGGACGGGCUGGGUGGGGCGCGACCUCCACCGGGAAGGCUUCAGGCACAUAGACGCUGUGGAGCCGUCGGAGGGCAUGAUCAAGAAGCUGCGGGAGUGUGGCGUCUAUACCAACGACUUCAUGGAGUUUAUCGGCACCGGCCACUCCACCGUACCCAAAGACACCUACGACCUGGUGAUCAUCUCGGGCGGUAUGGGGGAAGGUCACAUCCCAGUUAGCGGCCUCGACGACCUGGUGCGCGUCGCUAAGAACGGCGGCUUGGUCAUUAUAUCGAUGCGGCUGGAGUUCCUGGAGAUCGUGUCAGCCUACAAGGACAAGCUGGAGCCUUACAUGGACGAGCUGGAGGAGGACGGGAAGUGGAGGAAGGUUGAGCGCCGCGUCGUCCCUAACUAUUUCUUCGACAAGGAGGGCGUCGUCUACGUCUACUGCGUCACCAAAAACUGAAGGAGGAGGAGGAGGAGGGACGGAGAAGCAGGGAGAGGAGGAGUGGUACUGGUGGUGGAAAUGUCCCGGCGCCUGAGUCUGAGGUGCGCAUUAUCGUGCUCUGGCAACCUGGUGUCACCCGGCGUGUCCGAUUUUGUGGAUGACAUAAAAUAGUCCACAAACAGGAAGCGGUUGUCAGUUCUGUUGUUUAUUGUUUUAUUUUUACGCCCUUGCACUGUCUCCUCUGCUGUAAAAAAACAAACCAAAAAUAAAACUAAUGAUAUGCAGCUAACAACAACCAAUACCAUCCAUUAGAGUCAAUUUGGAAUUUCAGAUUAUUUGGUUUGUCACAGAGAGAUGUUUUGUUUAUUUAUAAGGUUGGAUAGUCCACAAACAGGAAACAGUUAGUACUAAUGAUAUGCAGCUAACAACGACCAAUACCAUCCGUUACUCAAUUUGGAGUUUCAGAUUUGGUUUGUCGCAGAGAGAUGUUUUGUUUAUUUAUAAGGUUGGAUAGUCCACAAACAGGAAACAGUUAGUACUAAUGAUAUGCAGCUAACAACGACCAAUACCAUCCGUUACUCAAUUUGGAGUUUCAGAUUUGGUUUGUCACAGAGAGAUGUUUUGUUAAUUUAUAAGGUUGGAUAGUCUGCAGACAGAGAACAGUUAGUACUAAUGAUAUGCAGCUAACAACGACCAAUACCAUCCGUUACUCAAUUUGGAGUUUCAGAUUAUUCGGUUUGUCGCAGAGAGAUGUUUUGUUAAUUUAUAAGGUUGGAUAGUCCACAAACAGGAACCAGUUAGUACUAAUGAUAUGCAGGUAACAACGACCAAUAUCAGAUCCAUUAGUCAAUCUGGAGUUUCAGAUUUGGUUUGUCGCAGAGAGAUGUUUUGUUAAUUUAUAAGGUUGGAUAGUCCACAGACAGAAAACAGUUAGUACUAAUGAUAUGCAGCUAACAACGACCAAUAGCA